UUGUUGGCCAUGAUAGUUGCUAGAUUAUUUAAGUACUGGGGUCUUCAAAUAUAGGACAAAUUACUUACAUGACACCUUUCCUCACAACCACAUUUUCACAAGUUUUGUCGAGUUGAGAAACGGCGACACCCCCUCUCUGUAAUGGACGGAAGAUACGUUGUGCGAUACAAAUGUAGUCAGCCUGGCCCCAUACAGGAUGUCUUGAGGCAAAGGCCAGGUUGGGUUGAAGUGAAAGAUGAUAGUGAAUGGGACUUUCACUGGUGUGGCGUGGGCUGGCUCAAGGAGAAUUUGUACAUGGAGGAACAUGUAAGAGUCAACCAUUUCCGCAACCAUUACGAGCUGACACGCAAGGACUUCAUGCUGAAAAAUCUGAAAAGGUUCAAAAAGAAUCUUGAAAGAGAUACCAACUGCGUGGAGGGCUCCAAAUGUGAUUUCUUCCCCUGCACCUUUGCACUGCCUAAUGAGUAUCAUCUCUUUGUCGAAGAGUUCAAAAGAAACCCCGGCAGCACCUGGAUCAUGAAGCCGGCAGCAAAAUCUCAAGGGGCAGGCAUCUUUCUUUUUAAAAAAUUAAAAGACAUCAUGGAAUGGAGGAAGCAUGAUGGCAACCGCUCAGAGGAGCAGAAAGAUGCCACUCAAGUGGAAAGCUAUGUGGCGCAACGCUACAUUGAGAACCCCUACCUACUUGGCGGGAGGAAGUUUGAUCUACGGGUCUAUGUGAUGGUUACGUCAUAUUUUCCCUUGAAGGCAUGGCUAUAUCGUGAGGGAUUUGCUCGCCUUUCAAGCACACGCUUCUCCCUUAGUAGUAUUUAUGACAAGUAUGUGCAUCUCACUAAUGUGGCUGUUCAAAAGACAGCACCUGACUAUGAUCCAGAAAAAGGUUGUAAAUGGAAGAUACAGAAGCUGCGUAGAUACUUGACUGCAAAGCACGGAAGACAGGUGGUGAAAAAUCUGUUCAAAGAAAUGGAUAACAUCUUCAUCAGCAGCCUCCAAAGUGUGCAGAAGAUCAUUAUAAAUGACAAACACUGCUUUGAACUCUACGGCUAUGACAUUAUGUUGGAUAAGAACCUCAAACCGUGGCUAAUUGAAGUAAAUGCCUCUCCAUCACUUGCGCCAAGUAGCCAGGAGGAUUACGACAUGAAGUAUAGCCUGUUGGAAGACACUGUGAAUAUUGUGGAUAUGGAGGGAAGGUUGACUGGCAAGGAGAAGCGAGUGGGUGGUUAUGAUCUCGUCUGGAAUGAUGGGCCUGUCUAUCACGAGGACGUUGACCCGGAAAUAUUUGGCUGUUCAUGUUUAAAAGCCAACACAUUCUUGGGGUGUACAAACGACAGGGAACACCAACUCAAUUCUCUUCUGAAAACAUUUCCUGGCCAGAAGAGAAUGAAGUUGUCAGUUUGAUUUACCACACAGCCACUAAAUAACUUUCUUCUUGACCUAACUCUUAAGAUCAGUCUCAGGAGUUGGCAUUCACUCUUUUUCCAACUUUACGAGAUUCCCUUCGUCUGUUUCGUCUGUUGUUUCUCAUUUGGUCAUUCUUUCCAGAUUAUACUUCUACUGGUUAUCGAUUGUUUUACUUUGCAUUCUGAUGGUGAUUUUCCAAGACAAAACUCAUCUGUGUACAUUUAAAUUAGCAGUAUUUCAUUUUGGCAUUUUAAUUCAUCAUAUCGAAAAUGGGCUGUUUAUUUGAUGCAUGUGCUUAAUUAAGUAAAUACGAUUUUGCCUUAUUGCGCUUUGCAUAGAAGACUCUUGCUACUUGGUUUUGCUGGUCCAAGUGGCUGGGUCAAGUACUUGUGCUGUGAAAGAGUCGUGACUCGUGAGUGGCGCCUCUAUGCGUAGGCAGAGCAGCUUCCACUGCACAAAUGGAAAAUGGAAAUGACAGUUUUGGUGAGCUAGGAGGAGAGAGCGGUGAUAACGCAAGCAAUGGAGGAUACAUCGCAGGUUGGAAAGCCUCUGAGGCUAAGCUUGAAUAAUGAAGCGGGGCACGGUCUGAAUAGCAAUGGCAUUUAUUGUGACCAUUACGACAUCUAGAAAUUCAAUAAUUCAACUCCAGGGAAUUAUAAUUAUACAGUAUUACCCAUCCCUCCAUUUUCUAUAUUGCUUUGCCUUUUUGAGCAGUUUUUAUACUGCCGUGAAAUUUUUUUUGGGCCACUUCUCAUUUUAUAAUUAUUUUAUUUAAAUUUUUUAGUUUUCCAACUUUCCAGUUAAGAGCAUCAAAUUAUUAUCAGACAAAAUACCGGAGUAAACAUACAAAUGCAGUUUUUACAUAGUUAUUUUGUUAAUUAAGGGAUAAAAUGAUCCAAAGUUUCCUGGAUCUUCCCCCUACAUGUUGACGUAAUACAUGUUCUAUUUUACAGCGUAAUAAAAACGCUUGGUUUCAGAGGUUUAUGCUGAGGGUCCCACAUUACGUUUUUGUCGCAUGGUGAAUAAAUAUUUUAUCACCUAA